AUAUAUUUGAUUAUACUCAUUAAUCUUUAUUUUUUAAAUAAUAUUUUAUUAGGAUGAAGAUUAUUAUCAUCAUCAACAACAACAACAACACCAACAACAACAAACACGUCCAAUAGCAACAACAAAUAAUAAUAAUAAUUCAAGUGGUAAUACAUAUAUUACAAAAAUGAAUGAUACACAAUUAAAUGAUGUUUCAAAUCAAUCCCAAAUAUUUUAUGUUAAUAUGCCACAACAAGAACAAAAAAAUCAACAACAAGUUCUUUCUGUUUUAACAUCAGAUCAACAACAACAACAAGUUCUUCCUGUAACUGUUGUACAACAAGUUAAAUUACCUGUUGAUGCACCAAAACAAAAAAAGAUUCUACCUAAACCAUCAUCAACAAAUCAACAACUGAAUUCAUCCAAUGAUCAUUCUUCAACAAAUAAUAACAAACCAUUUGCAUGGUCACGCCCACCAGGUCGUAUACAAAUAAAUAAUGACGAACAACUUACAAAUAAAAAUUUAAAUUCUACUCCAAUUAAUACAGAUUUGGAUACAAUGGAAGCAGCACAUGUUUUAGCUACAGCAGCUGAUGUUACCAUGGCUGCUGAUGCACGUCGUAAAGCUCAACAACAUGAUGAUGAUUUAUCAAUGAUGGUCGAUGAAACACCAUCAAAUAUUGUUAGUGAAGAAACAAUACAAUGUGACGAUAAUGGAGCAAAAAAUAUCACACAACAACUAGGAACGAUAACGGCUAAUAUUAUUGAUGAAAAUGGUAUUGAACAUACAGUUCUAUUGUCUACAGAAGAAGCACAACAAUUACUUAGUUCACAAGGUGCUAUUAUUGUUGAUAGUGAUGGUCAACCAAUAUCAAUUCAACAAGCACAACCUCAAACAUUUGUUUCACCAUUUGCACUUGAUCAAGCACAAUUACAACAAUUACUUGCUCAAGCUGGUAUUGAUCCAAAUACACCAUUAACUAUUGAACAAAUUGAUCCCAAUCAACAACAACAAAUGGCUACUUUAUGUACAUCACCAGGUGGUACCCAAUAUACUGUUCUUACACAAGGAUCAGGACAACAACAAUUUAUUUUACAAACAACAAAUGAACCAGAACCAUUACCACCGCAACAAUCACUUCCAAUUCAACCACAAGCAAUAGCGCCUAAAGAAGAAUUAUCAUCACCACCAACAAAACGUCGAGCUUUUGCAGUUAAAUCAACAACAACUCGACAAGAUACAUAUGAAGAUCCAAAUGAUAGACCAAGACGUAAAAUAUUUGCAACAAAAUCAACUGUUUCACCCAUGAAUGAUGAUAUUCAGGAUGAUCAAGAAGGUUUUAUUGGUACACGAGCAUAUCAUCGAAAUACAGGUCGAAAAUAA